AUGCCGGGGGGCAAGAGAGGGCUGGUGGCACCACAGAACACGUUUUUGGAGAACAUCGUCAGGCGCUCAAGUGAAUCAAGCUUCUUACUGGGCAACGCUCAGAUUGUGGACUGGCCUGUAGUUUAUAGUAAUGACGGAUUUUGUAAACUUUCUGGAUAUCAUCGAGCCGACGUCAUGCAGAAAAGCAGCACCUGCAGUUUUAUGUAUGGGGAACUCACAGACAAGAAAACUAUUGACAAAGUCCGACAGACAUUUGACAACUAUGAGUCGAACUGCUUUGAAAUCCUCCUGUAUAAGAAAAACAGAACACCUGUUUGGUUUUACAUGCAAAUUGCACCCAUCAGAAAUGAGCACGACAAAGUGGUUUUAUUCCUCUGCACGUUUAAGGAUAUCACUUUGUUCAAGCAGCCUAUUGAAGACGAUUCAACGAAAGGCUGGACAAAGUUUGCUCGGUUGACAAGAGCUUUGACAAACAGCCGGAGCGUUCUGCAACAGCUAACGCCUAUGAACAAAGCUGAGGUGGUCCACAAACACUCGAGAUUAGCUGAAGUUCUCCAGCUGGGCUCUGAUAUUCUUCCACAAUACAAGCAGGAAGCCCCAAAGACUCCACCGCAUAUCAUUUUACACUACUGCGCUUUUAAGACCACGUGGGACUGGGUUAUCUUGAUCCUCACCUUCUAUACCGCCAUCAUGGUUCCUUACAACGUGUCCUUCAAAACAAAGCAGAACAACAUCGCGUGGCUGGUUCUGGAUAGCGUGGUGGACGUUAUAUUUUUGGUGGACAUUGUGUUGAACUUCCACACGACCUUUGUUGGACCUGGUGGAGAAGUCAUCUCCGAUCCCAAACUCAUUAGGAUGAACUAUCUGAAAACGUGGUUUGUGAUAGACCUCUUGUCAUGUUUACCUUAUGACAUCAUCAAUGCCUUUGAGAAUGUGGACGAGGGGAUCAGCAGCCUCUUCAGUUCCUUAAAAGUGGUACGCCUUCUGCGGUUGGGCCGCGUCGCCAGGAAGUUGGACCAUUAUCUGGAAUACGGUGCUGCAGUGUUGGUGCUUUUGGUCUGCGUCUUUGGACUAGUGGCCCACUGGCUAGCUUGUAUAUGGUACAGCAUAGGGGACUACGAGGUUAUCGACGAAAUCACAAAUACCAUCAAGACGGACAGCUGGCUCUUCCAGUUGGCCGAGAGCAUCGGGAUGCCCUAUCGGUACAACACGACUGGAUCAGGGCAGUGGGAAGGUGGGCCCAGUAAAGACUCGCUGUAUAUAACAUCCCUCUACUUUACCAUGACAAGCCUUACGACGAUAGGAUUUGGAAACAUCGCUCCAACCACCGACGGAGAGAAGAUAUUUUCAGUGGCCAUGAUGAUGGUUGGCUCUCUUCUUUAUGCAACUAUUUUUGGAAAUGUCACCACCAUUUUCCAACAAAUGUAUGCCAACACCAACCGUUACCAUGAGAUGCUGAACAACGUGAGAGAUUUCUUAAAGUUAUACCAAGUCCCCAAAGGCCUUAGUGAACGCGUCAUGGAUUAUAUCGUCUCCACGUGGUCCAUGUCAAAAGGGAUCGACACAGAGAAGGUCCUUUCCAUUUGUCCCAAGGACAUGAGAGCAGAUAUCUGCGUUCAUCUCAACCGGAAGGUUUUCAACGAGCACCCGGCCUUUCGGCUAGCGAGCGACGGCUGCCUGCGAGCCCUGGCGGUGGAGUUCCAGACUAUCCACUGUGCUCCUGGAGACCUCAUCUACCAUGCUGGGGAGAGCGUCGAUGCGCUCUGCUUUGUUGUCUCAGGGUCCCUAGAAGUCAUUCAGGACGACGAGGUGGUGGCUAUUUUAGGUAAAGGUGAUGUGUUCGGUGACAUCUUCUGGAAGGAGACCACCUUGGCCCAUGCGUGCGCUAACGUGAGGGCCUUGACCUACUGCGAUUUGCACAUUAUAAAGAGGGAGGCCUUGCUGAAAGUUCUGGACUUUUAUACUGCAUUUGCAAACUCCUUUUCAAGGAAUCUAACACUCACCUGCAACCUGAGGAAAAGGAUUAUUUUCCGGAAAAUCAGUGAUGUCAAAAAGGAAGAAGAGGAGCGCCUUCGGCAGAAGAAUGAAGUGACCUUGAGCAUCCCCGUGGACCACCCUGUGAGAAAACUCUUCCAGAAGUUCAAGCAGCAGAAGGAAAUGCGAAACCAAGGGACAACAAUCAUUGACCCAGAGAGGAACACCCUCCAAGUGGAGACUCGGACCAUGCAGAAUGGAGCCGCCAUCACUGGCACAAGUGUGGUUACGGUGUCUCAGAUCACACCCAUCCAGACGUCCCUGUCUUACGUGAAAACCAACGAAGUCAUCAAGCAGAACAAUAGGGAAUCUAUGGAGCUCAAGCCAAAUGGCAGCAGCGACCCCAAAUGCCUCAAAGUUACUAGCCCCGUGAGGAUGAAAAAUGGGAAUGGGAAAGGGUGGCUCCGAUUGAAAAACAACAUGGCGAGCCAAGAAGAGAAAAAGGAGGACUGGAACAACGUCACCAAGGCCGAAUCCCUGGGGUUGUUGUCCGACGACCCCAAGGGCAUCGAUUCAGAGAACGACAUGACGAAAAACCCUCUGAGGAAAACGGACUCUUGUGACAGUGGGAUAACUAAAAGUGACCUUCGUUUGGACAAAGCUGGUGAGAACCGCAGCCCCUUGGAACACAGCCCCAUCCAAGCUGAUGCAAAGCACCCCUUCUACCCGAUCCCUGAACAGGCCUUACAAACCACUCUUCAGGAAGUGAAACACGAACUCAAAGAAGACAUCCAAUUGCUAAGCAGCAGGAUGGCUGUCCUGGAAAAACAGGUGGCAGAGAUUUUAAAAAUAUUGUCUGAGAAGAACACGUCCCAGACACCUUCUCCUCAGUCCCAUUCACCUUUGCAGCUACCAUCCCAAAUACCCUGUCAAGAUAUUUUUAGUGUUUCAAGGCCCGAAUCGCCCGAAUCAGAAAAAGACGAAAUCCACUUUUAA